AUGAAUACAUUGGGUAAUACUGAUAAAACUAGUUCCGGUGCAAGUAGUUCAUUUACACGUCUUGGAAUGUAUACUCAAUAUUUACUUGAUCGUACAACGCCAUUUAUUAGUGGUCGUUGGUUAUUCAAUUUAAUAUUAUUAGCUUUGUUUUUUCUUCGAAUUUUUCUUGUUCAAGGCUUUUACAUAAUAGCUUAUGGUCUUGGAAUAUUUUUACUUAAUCAAUUUAUUCUUUUUCUAACACCAAAACAAGAUCCAUCAUUAAUUGAUCUAGAUAAUGACGAUGGUGAUCAUGCACCACGUUUACCAACACGUUCUUCAGAUGAAUUUCGACCAUUUAUGCGUCGUUUACCGGAAUUUAAAUUUUGGUAUACAUCAUUUAAAGCAUUAGUUAUAAGUUUAGUUUUAACAAUCUUUCCAAUAUUUGAUAUACCAGUAUUUUGGCCUGUACUUGUCAUCUAUUUUUUUACAUUAUUCUUUUUAACUAUGAGACAACGUAUAGCACAUAUGAUACAAUAUAAAUAUGUUCCAUUUACACAUGGAAAAGUUAAAUAUGCUGGAAAAAAUGAAGGACCACCAGGUGGAGCACCAGGAAUUAAAAUUUCAUCAUAUUAA